AUACCAUUCUGUGCAAAGUACUCGAUCGCGCGCGGGUUCCCAAGUUGUCUCCCGUUAUUGCCAACAUGGACGCAUUCAAGGGUCUCGGGAAAAGUCUCAGCUCUCUGGGCGGGCAGAUUACGCCGUUUGCCUCGCGCACCUUCCAGUACACCAAGGAGCAAUUGGGUCAGGCCGAUGACAAGACUCAGCUCCCUCCCGACUACAUCGACCUGGAGAAGCGGGUCGAUGCGCUGAAGGCGGUGCAUCAGAAGAUGCUUUCCGUGACUUCGCAAUACUCGCACGAGGCUUAUGACUACCCGCCCAACAUCAAGGAGACCUUCCAGGACCUGGGCCGCACCGUUAGCGAGAAGGUUACGCUCCUGUCGAAUGCCACGUCGCCCGCCGAGGCGCAGGCGGCCCUGACGGCGCCGCCGUCUGCCAAGCCCCAGCCCAAGACAUUCCACCACGCGAUCGCGCGCGCGUCGCUGGCCAGCAGCCAGACGCUGCACCAGCAGCACACGGGCGCGGGCGAGGACCCGCUGGCGACGGCGCUCGAGAAGUACGCGCUGGCGAUGGAGCGCGUGGGCGAGGCGCGCCUGGCGCAGGACGCGCAGAUCCAGAGCCGCUUCCUGGCCGGCUGGAACACCACGCUCAACACCAACAUCCUGUUCGCGACGCGCGCCCGCAAGGCCGUCGAGAAGGCCCGCCUCACGCUGGACGCCGUCAAGGCCCGCGUCAAGGGCACUACCUGGAAGCUGGGCGGCCCCUCGCACCGCGCUGAGACGCACGACGAGCACGAGCUGAGCCCCGAGGCGCAGGAGGAGAUCGAGAAGGCCGAGGACGAGUUCGUCACGCAGACGGAGGAGGCGGUCGGGGUGAUGAAGAAUGUUCUCGACUCCCCGGAGCCGCUGCGCAACCUGGCCGAGCUGAUCGCGGCGCAAAUGGAGUUCCACAAGAAGGCCCACGAGAUUCUGAGCGAGCUUGCGCCCGUCAUCGACGGGCUGCAGGUCGAACAGGAGGCGAGCUAUCGCAAGAGCCGAGAGAGCGCCUCCUAAGCGGGCCAAGGUAAAAAGCGCAGUGCCGGCUCGGAAUGGGCUCUUCGCACAAGAGAGAGUGGGCCCUUCUCCGACGGGACAUGGCAGGCUGACCUUGCCUGGGGUUGGUGUGUUGGAUUUGUUGGGGAGAGCUCUGGACAGCGCCAGCCCCUGCGGGGCAAGGCGGUUUAGGCAAGCUGUGCUGUCUCUCUCGUUGACAAGGGCUGCUCAGUUGAACGCGCAAUUGGUUUUCUUUUCUCCCCGUGUCUGGCUUUUCGUCUUUGUCAUGGGUUUCAGUUGUGUAUUUUGGGGAUCGUAUUGCUGCCGUUAUAUUCUCAUUUUCGAAGUAUAGAUGCAAGUUUGAACCGGAUCCGAGGUUGAACC